AUGGAUAAUGCUAAUGGUGAUAUUGACAGUGAGGAUGGGAGGAUUAGUAGAGAAGAAGCAAGAAAUCGGAGUGUAUUUACUUCAGUGAAAUGUAUCCGUGGGUUGUUGGACGAGUAUUGUAAGUUCAGUACCUUACAUGGGCUAAGGUACAUUCGAGAUUCAUCUCUUCCACGGAUAGAACGUGUCUUUUGGCUGGGAAUAUUUCUAACAUGCUUGUUUGCAAGCGGAAUCAUAGUGAAAGACGCUUACUGCCAACAAACAGAUUGUUGCACAUUGUUCGAACCAAUUUUGACUAAUGCUGGAUUGUGUUAUGUUUUCAACAGUCUACCAGGUGAAAUUGUUAUCAAGCACUAUAGACCGUUGUCUGAGAACAAAUUGUUUUAUGAUGAUGAUAUAAUAUAUUGGGGUCUAGAGAAGGGUUAUCCGCAAAGGGCUGUUAGAGGAGACGACGUUCGCCCGUAUUGGGUGAGGGUCAGGGGAGAAUUUUUCGGUUUGACUUUUGAUCUGGUAGAUCAUAGAGAAGAGGCUCAACAGAUAUGUUCCAUGGACAGCGGGUUCAAGGUUUUCGUACUUCCACCUGAUGGGUUCCCGGAAACUGAAAGCUAUAUGAGGAUUCCCACUGGUGUCCACACCCAGUUCAAAUUAAUUCCGAAUUUUAUAACUGCAAAUGAAAGCCUGAGGUCAGUACCUGUAGAUGAUAGAGAGUGCCUUUUUCAGAACGAGUCUCUACUGGAAUUCUUCAACUACUACAGUCAAUCGGCAUGUCAGGUGGAGUGCUACACUAAAACAACACUGCGCCAUUGUGGAUGUGUGCCGACCAACUUACACAGAAUAGUAGGCGAAUUCGGUUACCCGUACUGCAAUGAUUCUUCGAACAAAUGUUUAGCAACAAUAUUCAAUACAAUAUUGGUUUCGAAAAGUAAAGGCAGGUUUAGUUUUUUGGAGGAGUGUACAUGUUUUCCCGGUUGCUUUUGGAUGUCUUACGAUUUUGAUGUUAGUUUCCAGAAACUGAUUGGUCAGCCACCCAACAGCAAUGUCGCUCGAUUAUCAAUCUACUUCUCCAUCGAUCAAUUCAACACAAUCACCCGACUGAGAACGUCAGAUGUUGGGGUAACUCUUUCGAACGUCGGUGGAUUGCUGGGACUCUUGUUUGGAUUCAGUUUCAUAAGCUUUUUUGAAGUCGUGUACUACGGUCUUUUUCGACCAAUAAAACAGUUCAUAAUAGUGUCAACAGUAUAUGCAUAUCGUAGUCUAAUAAGUGUGGGAGGAAUACAAAAUUAG